AUAGCCGAUUUCUCAAUUAAUAUUCAUGGCAGGGUGAAUCCGUUUAUUUAUCUUCAAUGGUAUGAUGGCGUUACACGGAAAGCACCCCGUUCUUUCGCUUGAGUAAUUGUUGCAAACCUUCAGUGUCGACAUAGUCUUUUAGAUAGACUACCUAUUUCCCUGUCAACUUGGCAUCUUACGUUUCUUUAUUUUUAUUUUUCAUUUUUUUCUUCUUCUCAGAAACAUCGUGCUUACCGUGUAUUAUAUUUUGAGAAGUUUCAUUAUGUUUUGUUCUAUCAUUACACCGAAGCCAGUGAAGUGCUUACUGCUCCGUGACAGCGAAUUUCGCAUUAUUGCAAUGGAUUAUCUACGGUGAGUUGUUCCUAAUAUUUUGCACUAUUUCUGGACGUCCUAUAGUUACUCACUGCACAGUGAGACUUCAGAUGAUUUGCUACCUACACAAGAGAAAACGUAUGCAUUCGCAUAUUUGUAGCCCUGGAUUUAUUGCUUAGGAUAUCCUACAUGUAUACGUUUAUCUUUUAUGACAUUUAUGUGGAAAAAAUAAGUUCUUCGACGCGCAAAUAUGAACACAACUAUGGAGCACACUGGCAUUGAAGAGGUGAAUCAAACACACCAGCAGCACGAGCCUAUUAGUUUCGGAAUUGAUCAGAUAUUGAACAGCGCAGACCAAACCAGCAGCUGCAUGCUCCCGAGCCGGACCACCGAAGCGGAUUACCAACUAGCCUCCAACGUUUAUGCCAAUGGGUACAACAGCGUCUACAACCCGGCCUGCUCUAUGGCGGCGGGACUCCCGGGCUCGUACAAUGUGAACAUGAACAUGAACGUAAGCAUGAACAUGAACGUCAAUGUGAACUCUGGGAAUGCAGGAGGGGUGAUUCGGGUUCCAGCACACAGACCCAUGCCACCGUCUGCCCACCCGCACGUCCCUACUCAUCCAGCCGCCAUGUCAACCGGCAUGCCAACGGUGCCAACAAUGUCUGGCAUGGGAAACGUGGGUAACUUCACCUUUCCUUGGAUGGAGAACAGUAGGAGAUUUGCUAAAGACAGACUAACAGCGGCGCUCUCCCCGUUCUCCGUGACCCGACGGAUCGGGCACCCGUACCAGAACCGCACGCCCCCAAAGAGGAAAAAGCCCCGCACCUCCUUCAGCCGGGUGCAGAUCUGCGAGCUGGAGAAGCGUUUCCACCGGCAGAAGUACCUGGCGUCGGCCGAGCGGGCCACCCUGGCCAAGGCCCUGAAGAUGACGGACGCGCAGGUCAAGACCUGGUUCCAGAACCGCAGGACAAAAUGGAGGAGGGAGGCCCAGGAAACAUUUAUGCAUGGAGAACUCUACAAAAGACUGCUCACAGAAACACGGGAGACAGACUGCGGAGGAGAGGGAGGCAGAGAGGCAGCAGGCCAACCGCCUGAUGCUGCAGCUCCAGCAGGAGGCCUUCCAGAAGACGCUGGCCCAGCCACUCCAACAGGACCCCCUCUGCCUGCACAACUCCUCCCUCUACGCCCUGCAGAACCUGCAGCCCUGGGCCGAGGACAACAAGGUCACCUCCGUCACCUCCGUCGCAUCUGUGGUCUGACCCCCCUGUUCCAUCCGCACCUGGUCUGACCCGGAGACACGGGGCAGGCACGAAGUGGGCAGAGGCGAGAGGACGUACAUGUGGAGUGGGGUGGGGGCCAGUCCAAAAUUCACAUACAUGAACUAUGUACACCCCUUCCCCCUUUUUCACAUUCUGCAUUCGAUAUGUGAGAACAUGGUGGUAUGAUCUACCACCCCUUUGUGCAUAGCUCUUUUUUUCUACCACAGGAGAAAUAUAACAGACUGGACAAAUUCAGUGCCUCCUAUUCUUUCUUUUUUAGUUUGCUUUCUAUAUCCCUCAUUGCAAUGAAUGGAACUGCUGAACUGUUGAUAAUUGAAUGCCAGUUAGAGAAUAUAAGAGUUAACCCGUGUUGCUUGUGUAUUUUGUACUGUACGAAGUACAACAAUCAAUUUUUAUAAAAUGUGUGCAAACAAAUCUGCAUACAAA